AUGGGGAAGAGGAAAGUCGCGGCGCUCGAGAAAAUCGAGGCAGAUCUUGCCGGUCUCCAGUACAAGAUUCGGAAAGACCCAGAAGCGUACGAAAAAGAGUUCAUUGAGAAUUGGCAACAAUUCGACUCCGCGCAUGAGAAGUUCCUAGCUGCUCCUGUAGGAGCUGAUUCGAACUCCCUCAUAACCUUUCGCGAGCAGAUAGAUCUAAUUGCCCAUUGCGCCGAAUUGUAUCCUCAGAUCACCGCUACGUUCCCCGACGCGCUCAAAGAUGUCCUUACCAAGCAUCAUGCCGUAUUAGAACCAACACUGCGAGAGAAAAUUGUUUCCAGCCUUACUCUUCUGAGGCGGAAAGACGUUAUCGACAGCAACUAUCUACUCACCACCUUAUUUCCUAUCCUCAUUAGCACUCCGUCAAAGUCUCUGCGCAUGAUCCUUUACCAGAAAAUCCUGAGUGACAUACGAAAUACAAACACGAAGACAACGAACCACAAGGUAAAUCGGACGAUGCAGACUGUGCUCUACAAUCUUGUCACCUCAGAUCGAUCCUCGCCAAAAGCGAUAUGGGCAGUGAAGCUAGUACGGGAAUUGUGGCGGCGGCAAAUCUGGACGGAUGCUAGGGCUGUCGAUAUUAUGCGCCAAGCGUGUUUAGCGGAUAACGAAAAGGUGAUUGGUGGGGGCGUAAGAUUCUUUCUAGGAGGAGACAAGGAGCGCGAAGAGUAUGAGGAUGAAAGCAGUGACGAGGAGACGGUUGACAUCAAGAAGGUUAAGCACUCUGUUGAGAUCAACAAGAAGACGAAGAAGUCUAAAAAGGCUCUGGAUAGGGCUGUCGACAAAGUUAAGAAGCAGGAGCGGAAAAAGAAUGCGCCCCAUCCGCUCAACUUCUCGGCGUUGCACUUACUACAAGAUCCCCAGGGAUUUAGCGAGAACCUUUUCGAGAAGCAUCUUCAGAACUCAAAGUCCAAGUUAGCUCUCGAGAGCAAGCUCCUGGUCUUACAGCUCGUCACGCGUCUAGUCGGGCUACAUAAGUUAACCGUUAUUUCCCUAUACUCUUGGUUCAUCAAAUAUCUCACUCCGAGGCAGCAAUCGGCUUCCUCCUUCUUAGCCUCACUCGCUCAAGGGACGCAUAAUUUAGUGCCGCCAGAUGCAAUCGAGCCUCUUAUACAGAAGAUUGCGAACGAAUUCGUGUCUGAGGCAUCCGCGUCAGAAGUUUGCUCUGCAGGUCUCAAUGCGAUCCGUGAGAUCUGUGCUCGGCAACCGUUGGCAAUGAAUGAAACCCUGUUACAAGAUUUAGUUGACUAUAGGAAGAGUAAAGACAAGGGAGUCAUGAUGGCUGCGAAGGGUCUCCUCUCGCUAUACCGCGAAAAGGGCGCGGAUAUGCUAAGGAAGAAAGACCGUGGCAAAGACGCGACUAUAGGACUCAAAAGCGGCGGUAUGAAACAGCCCAGAUUCGGUGAGGAGGAGGUGGGCGAAAUCGAUGGCCUUGAACUCCUAGCGAAAUGGAAAGAAGAACAGAAGAGGCGGAAACGAGCCGAACAAGAUAUGCCUGAGGGAGAGGAAGGUAUUAGAAAGCCUGAAGGCGAAAAUGAAGAAGACGGGUGGAAUUCAGACGACUGGGAGGUUGCAUCAACGGAUAGCAGCGACUCUGGAGAAUGGAUUCGAGUGAGCGAUUCGGAAGAUGAGGUGGAGCCUGAGCCAGACGCGAAGAGGCAAAAGAUUGACUCGGAAGAUCUGGGAGAGGAUGACAAAGAGAAUGAGGGAGACGAGGAUACAAAUUUCCUAAAAUUGGCGACGACCCAGAUCCUUACGCCAGCCGACUUAGCUAAGCUCCGCGAAUUGCGAAUGGAGGCCAGUGUUAAUAAGGCUAUGGGAAAUCGAAAACGCAAGCAGGAGCUGGAAUCACGACACGCCGACGAAGGAUUGACCGCGGAGCAGAUCGAGGCACCGUCUAAACUUCGCAAGAGUACUAAGGAAGAGCGGAUAGCCUUGGCUAAAGAGGGCAAGCCGGAUCGUGAGGAGCACAAGUCCACGCAGGCUAUACGCAAGGCCAAGAAGGAUGCGGAGGGCAAGUCCACGACCAAUAAGGAGAAAGCUCGUCGGAAGAAUUUCAUGAUGACGCUAGGCAAGGCGAAAUCGAAACAGAAGCGAAGCCUUGUAGCGACAAGAAAUAUUUUGAAGAACCAUAUUGAAAGGAGCAAGUCUGGGGGUAGGAGGCGAAAUGGCCAAUCACGGUAA